UGAAUUAAUUUAGGGUAGAAAGGAUAAUGGUGAAGUGACAUAGAGAGGGAAGGAUGGCAGUGGCAGAGAUUCUAAACCUUGGAGGCCCGCCAAGCUUAAGUGGGAGGAAACUGCCGCCAUGCCGUUCGAAUUCCCAAAACUGGACUUGUUUGCAGCACAAGCUCAAGUGCAACGGCAGAUUCCUUUGCCUUUUCUCCGACAACAGAAAGGAGGAACAAGCCAGAAAAGCAUUAGAAGGUGCACUAAGUGGGAAGAAAAAUGAAUUUGACAAAUGGGACAAGGAAAUUAAAAGAAGAGAAGAGCUGGGAGGUGGAGGUGACACUGGUGGAGGUGGUUGGUUUGGGUGGGGUAGAUGGUUUGGCUGGUCUAAUGAUGAUAAUUUUUGGCAAGAAGCAAAACAAGCUAUUCUUACUAUACUUGGUCUCGUUGUAGUAUAUCUCCUAAUUGCAAAAGGCGAUAUGCUCCUUGCUGUCAUCUUCAAUCCAUUGCUAUAUGCACUUCGGGGAGUGAGAAAUGGAUUUGGUUUCAUUUCAUCAAAAGUCUUGAAAAAUACUUCUACCAGCAAUCAGCCUGAUUUUGAUGGACUUUCAAAGAAGAAAGCUUAUCAGCAUACUUCUGCCAAGGAGAAUGUUGUAAGAAAAUGGGGUAGUGACUAGUGAGUAAAUCGUCAUGUAAAGGUUUGGCAUUACCCCUUUGAUGCAGACUGCUAUUUAUAUUACCCCUCUUAAUUUGUUCAAAAUCACCUUUGCUCCAUGCAAAUCUUAGUGCAGGGGAUUUUUGUUGUAACUCAAAGUUUGUUUAUUUCCAUCACACCUGAACAAUGGUUAAUUUUUGUUUCGUCUUUUGUUAUCCUGAGAUGAUAGUUAAGAUUACAAAAUGCUCCUUUACAAGCCUGUAAUUGAUAAGGAAAAUUUGUUUAUGUGAAACUGGGUUUUAACUUUCAACUGUGGUUACUUCUAAACUUUAUUAUCAA